CCUUGUCGCCACCUAUUCCUACAUGUCCAGCCGACCACGCUAACCCAUUUGCCUUGUGCGAUGGUUCCUGAACCAUGGCACACGGUCGCCAUGGCUCUCACUGGUAUAAAGCGACCUCGUUCGCCCUCCUCUUCCUCCUCACCAGUCCCCUGUUGUUCCACGUGAAGGAAAGACAACAGCUUAAGUACAUCCAGCCAAGAUGGUCUACAACGGGUCAUCGUCAAUGUCCAGCCGGAAGAUCCUGGUAGCUUCCGUGGCUCUGCUCAGCAGCGUCGUUGCGUCGCCUCUCAGUGGCCAACGUCCUGCCGGCGGAGUCUACAAGCGUAGCACACAUUCUUACUCCAGACCGCCUCCUCUGGUUGGAUCAUGGUCUUCCUCAGGUCCGAUUCGCCGCCAGGCUGAAGAUAUCUGUGAGACCGAGGCCUGCAAGUCCUUUGCGGACUCAGUCAUUGCUGGUCGUGCGUCCAAUUACACAGAUCUCGAUCCGUGUGACGACUUUGCCACUUACACCUGUGCUGGGUGGUGGGCGAGUCACGAUUUCAGAGCCGACCAAUCAAACAUUGGUGUGCUAUCUGUGAUGUCCGACGUCAACACAGCGCUGAUGAGGUCAAUCCUGGAGUCACCUUACCCAUCCAACACUACUAUCAACAGCACCUACUCCACAGGCGAUGCCAAGAGCCUAGAUGAGCAAAAUUUCGAAAAGAUGAUUGCCGCCUACGACUCGUGCAUGGAUACAGAUGCUGUUAAUAAAGCCGGUGCCAAGCCCCUUCAGGAUAUCCUGAGUGCUUUCGAUGCGCUCGCCUCCGGGAACGGAACAGACCUCACCGAGAAACUCAUUUGGGUUCAGCGUUAUGGUGGAGCGGGGAUUGUUCAGGCCACUACUACGGCAGACGACAAGAACCCCAACAUUACUACUGUUGCUUUGACUAGUGGGCUGCUUGGACUCGACGCCAAGGAGUACUAUACCGACAACGAGGCCAUCGCCAACUACACGACGGCCAUCGUGGGAAUGUUUGAUAACUUGUACGGCGAUGAUAAGCACGACGCGAACGAGAAGAUUGCCGCCGAGAUUGUAACUUUCGAGAAAGCUCUCGCUAACGCUUCUCCUGAUGCUUCUCAGGCAGGCGACGUUGAGUACUACUACAACCCAACCCCCAUCGCCGAGGCCGACGAUCUGCUACCUGAGAUCUCGUUCUCUCAGUUGAUCAAAGCUUUCGCUCCCAGUAAUUACACCGUUGGCGAUGUUAUUGUGUACACACCCGACUAUUUCCCGGCUGUAUCAUCGAUUCUCAAGAACACCACGACUGAAGCCGUCAAUGCUUAUUUAGACUGGGUUUUGAUCCAGACGUGGGCGACGCGUCUCUCCAACAAUGUCAGCGCUCCGUACCGACGCCUUCAGAAUGAACUGCAAGGCAAAGACCCUGAAGCCACCGCAGAGCGUUGGAGGACGUGCUUCAGUGAUGUGGACGUCAACUUGCCAUGGAUCGAGAGCGCGUUCUUUGUCCGCGAAGCUUUCAGCCCAGAGGCCAAGACCUUUGGUGAGCGCAUUAUCACGGAUGUCGAAGAUGUGUUCAAGGCUAAGCUAAAGACGUACGAGUGGAUGAGCGAUGAGGUUAAGGAGCUGGCUAUCGAGAAGAUUCUCAACAUGGUUGAGAAGAUUGGGUACCCCGACAUCUCUCCCAACGUGCAGGACCCCAAAGCACUUGCUGACUUCUACGCGAAAUUGAACGUGACGGACUCGUUCUUCGAGAAUGGUCUCGCCUUCAGUAACUUCACCCUUGCCGGCACUUGGGGCGACCUGAACCACCCUACUGAUAAGAACCGCUGGUUUAUGACCGCGCCUACUGUUAACGCUUACUUCAACCCGCCAUCCAACGAGAUCGCUUUCCCUGCCGGUAUUAUGCAGCAGCCUUUGUUCAACCUUGAUCUUCCGGAGUACGUCUCUUACGGAGCCUUUGGAGCUGUCGCUGGGCACGAACUCACGCACGCAUUCGAUUCCUCGGGAUCGCAUUACGACGAAAAUGGCGCAUACAGAGAUUGGUGGGACAAUGCCACACUCGCGGCAUUUGAGAACAAGACGCAAUGCUUCAUUAACCAGUUUUCCGAGUACAGCAUCACAACACCCGCUGGCGAGCAGCUUCACAUCAAUGGAGAGCUUACCCAGGGUGAGAACGUUGCCGACACUGGUGGUCUCUCAGCCGCUUUUGCUGCUUGGCAGAAAAGGAACGAAGCGGAGCCCAACCAGCUCCUUCCUGGUCUCGAGGAGUACACUCGUGAGCAGCUAUUCUACCUCUCCUAUGGAGGUGUCUGGUGUGGCGAGAGGCGACCGGCCGAGGCUGUGCGUAGAAUUUAUUCCGACCCGCACUCUCCGCCCAAUGUUCGCAUUCUGGGUACGGUCGCCAACCAGAGAGGCUUCAAGGAGGCCUUUAAGUGCGCGAACAAGGAGCCCGUUUGUGAGCUGUGGUAAACGGCUUGAGGGUCAGAUACCCGAGAAGGGAGAC